GAACGACUUGCCGGCGAAAUGUCUUUCGCGCGAUUCAACUAAGGUCCCUUAUUUCGGGACAUGUUCACCUCGCGACAUGAACACUAGAUCCAGGGAACCGUCGCGAACAUCCGCGAGGAAGCGAAGUCGUCGCGCUCCGAGUAACCGAGAGGCCUUGUGUACGAUGUUUACGAGUCACGCCGAUGUCACCGCGCCCGAAUUUCGCGAGACUCCUCGCGUCCUUGCGCUAUCGCGCGGAUUUCGCGCGCAGGAAGUGGCAGUGGAGCCGCCGGAGAUGCUUCCACCUGGCGUUGACGCGUCCCUGUAACAGUAGUUUCGACGACUCCUGGACCGAUCGCAGCCUCGUCUCCGCGAGCGCCGCGCUGUCGCGCAAUCCGCGCGUUCGAAUUCGCGAGCUGCAAGCGAUCGGACUUGUCGACGACGAGGAGGAAGAGGAAUGGAUGCACAGAGGCUUCCUGGAGGACGCGCGGGAGACGGUUUUAAUAUUGGCGAGAAUUGUGAUCGUAAGUUCGGUCGUCACCACCAUGAUCGCCGCGUAUCUGAUAACGCGUCUGACGCACGCGAGGCUGUUCCCUGGCGCUUUGCGAGCAGGUGUAGAGUUUCUGGGACCGAUUUUCAUCAAGUUCGGCCAGUGGAUAUCAACGCGAAGAGACAUCUUCUCUCCAGAGAUCUGCGACACGCUCUCGAGAUUGCAACGAAACGCGAUGCCGCACUCUUGGCCGUACACGGAACGCCUGCUCGAAGCAACAUACGGUUCUUCCUGGCGGGACUUGUUUGCGAAGUUCGAUGACGAGGGAUUGAUUGGCUCGGGAUGCUGCGCUCAGGUGUACAAAGCGUGGAUCGAUUUGAAUGCAGUAGCACGGAAGCCUCGGAUGUCGCGUUUCACGGAAAACAAAGCAUUCAAUGAAAACGAUGAACCCAUGUCUACGAGUCCACGUGCCAGGAAAUUACAAGCCGUAGCGGUAAAAGUGUUGCAUCCCGGAAUUAAAGGCCAACUCAAAAGAGACAUCGCGAUAAUGCGCGGCCUGUCCAAGUGCGCCAUGUACUUCGUACCGGAACUGCAUUGGCUCAGUCUCACGGAUUGCAUCGACGAAUUCGCGCGCAUAAUGGAAGACCAAGUAGACAUGCGACUGGAGGCUACCAAUCUUGCGAGAUUUUCAGCCAACUUCUCAAGGAGGAACGAUAUCGUAUUUCCAUAUCCUUACAUGCACUUGACUCGUCGUAGGAUACUCGUGGAGAGUUUCCACGAGGGCUCACCGAUAUCCGAUUAUCUCCAACAUGAUGACGUUGCUUUGCAGAAGAAACUCGCCAGAAUAGGAAUCGCGACGAUCCUUAAAAUGAUAUUUAAUGACAACUUCAUCCAUUGCGACCUGCAUCCAGGCAACAUUCUAGUCGAAAAAGCGGUUGUACCGAAGGUGGGCCUGUUCAACACGUUUCGACGGAUCAUUGACCCCGAUUACGUAGACGGCCCACGCCUGAUCAUAUUGGAUUGCGGUCUAGUGGUAUCGUUGAAUGAUCGCUGCCGACGAAAUCUCCGGGAUGUUUUUUACUCGGUGCUAAUGGGAAACGGCGAAAUGGCUGCGCAGUAUAUCUUGGAACAUAGUUCGCAUAUGACUCCCGACCCGGAUGGCUUCAGACUUUCGAUGAAGAAUAUCGUGAAAUUUCACCUUCGAAAUCCAUUUAACGUGAACGUAAGUACCGUUGUGUCGGAAUUAUUCUCCGCGAUGGUUCGUCAUCGAGUCAAGCAGGACGGAUCCUUCAGCAGCGUGAUUCUCAGCAUGCUGGUGAUCGAAGGUCUCGGUCGAUGUUUGGAUCCAAACAUUGAUAUUUUCGCGGAGAUCCUGCCCUUCGUCCUCGGUAGCAUGUAUAACGAUUCUAAAUAAUUUUUAAAUGAUUUUAAGUAAAAAAAUCAACGUUUCCAAAGAUUUUGCGUUAUGUAUUGUAAUCAUAAAUUUUGUCGCACAUUGCAUCUUUGUGUUAUUAUGUAAUCGAACACACACAAAGAAUACAAUUUUGAAGAUUUUUUUCAAGGAAACUUGAACGAAUUUUAAAUUUAAUAAUGCUAUAUGAAAUGAUUUAUGAGGAGAGAUAGAAAGAAAAAGGAUUUCCGUCUGUUUCUUUUUAACGAUCCAUCAUGCCACGUAAUCACGUAUGACAGAAUUCCGGCCAGAGUGAUCAGUUGUCCGUAAUCUCUUCCUGGUUGGUCGACCAGACCCCUUCGACGCGAUCGCACACACAUGCGUAUACACGCACGAUACCUAUUCCCAUCGUCUUCGUAUGCAGGAAUUAUAGAGUUAUCGAUGAAUGG